AUGCCUACGUCUGAUGACGGCGACGAGGAGAGCUUGUUUUGGAAAUGUCGCAGAUUCUUUGGUCGAAUUGGAAUCGGGGCUCCAGUGCCUGGAGAUCUAGAUAUGGACACCGUGGAAAAGGUUGUCACAAAGAUUGGAAGAAGACGAAGAGUUUGUGUUGCUUCACAAAUUCCCAACCAGCCAUUACACUCUCAACCCAUAUUUCCUGUUAAUGCAGUCAGGACGUCCAAAUACACCGUCCUGACGUUCGUGCCAAAGAACUUGGCUGAGCAGUUUAGAAAGAUUGCAAAUCUGUACUUUUUGUUGCUGGUCGUUUUGCAAGGACAAGCUGUCUUCCAGGUCUUCAACCCAGUGCUCGCAGCACUCCCGCUUAUGGUGAUUAUAGCUGCUACGGCGUUGAAAGACGCUAUAGAGGAUGUAAGACGACAAAACGCGGACAAAUUCGUCAAUAACUCGAUAGCGUUAACGUUGGAAUCUCCUUGGAAUAACGUGAACUUGCCGCAAGCACCCGGUACCGUUUAUGACCAUGUUCAGUAUUGGAUUUCUCCCGGGGAUUAUGGUGCUCGAACUAGUGCAAAAGCGACGCUGGCUGCAGCUCAGAAACAUGCUGGUGACAAGAGGCGGCCGUCAAAAUCAGCUUCAGACCAAAAUCCAGCUCCUCAAGGAUGGAGGACCACGUUAUGGAAGGAUAUCUUCGUCGGAGACAUUGUUUAUUUAAAAUCAGACGAGCCUAUACCUGCCGAUGUGGUAGUACUAUCGUCCUCAGAUUCAGAAGGAGCUUGUUACAUCGAAACCAAGAAUCUGGACGGUGAAUCUAAUCUCAAGCUUCGCCGGGCGUUGAGACCUACCAUGAACGUGACGACAGCUCAAGAAUGCACGACCCUGAAUUUUUACUGUGAUUCUGAACCACCGACAUUGAACCUAUAUUCUUAUACUGGACUCAUGGUUGUACCACCUAAGAACUCGAAAUGGCAACCACGCAGAAUGAGUCUGGACGCUCAAUUAUCCACUCAACCUCAACUGACCGAUAUACCAGCAGAUUCCACAACAGAACCCAUAAACAUAGAUAACAUCCUGUUGAGAGGAUCAACUUUGAGAAACACGGAAUGGGUGAUUGGACUCGUCUUGUUUACUGGAUAUGAGACCAAAGUCAUGUUGAAUGGUGGCAAGACACCUAGCAAACGCAGUCGCAUUGAUAGGCUAAUGAAUGUCCAAAUUUUACUCAACUUCGCGAUUUUGAUUGCCAUCUGUGCCAUUGUUGCUGCUUUGAACUCGAGAAACGUUGAGGCUUGGAUAUCUCAGUCAGUGCCAUGGAUUUCUCUCGAUAUAACAGUUUCCGGUAUGACACUUUUCACGUUUUGGGCCUCCAUGAUCAUGUUUCAAAACAUUGUGCCGAUUUCACUAUACAUCACGAUGGAAAUUGUCAAAACGAUUCAGGCCUAUUUCAUCUAUCAAGAUGUAGACAUGUAUGAUCCGGAAAUCGACCAGCCAUGUAUACCAAAGAAUUGGACGAUAUCAGAUGAUGCCGGACAGAUAGAGUUCUUGUUUUCAGACAAGACUGGAACAUUGACGCAGAACAAGAUGGAGUUUCGCCGUUGCAGCAUUGGUGGUGUCAUAUACGGAAUACCUAGAGCAGAGUUAUCCAAAGACACAUCAUCAACUGACGGCACUGCAGUUUCAUCGCCAGAGAUACAAGCAUUAGCAAACACGAUGAGAACGCAAGGUGCUCGAUACAUUCCAGAAUAUGCGCCACCCAUUCCCGCCUUUAUCGAUGACAAAUUAUAUCCCGACCUAAUGGUUGACAAUUCCCAAUCGUCAUUGAUAAAACAAUUUUUCACCGUGCUGGCAAUAUGCCAUACCGUGCCAACUCCAACUGGCGGAAAUCCGCCAAAAUACCAAGCUCAGUCGCCCGAUGAGCUAGCACUCGUCAAAGCAGCUUGCGAGUUGGGAUUUAUAUACAAGAGCAAAGCCUUGGACGAUGUGACUAUUCAAGUUUUAGGACAGAUGAUGAGAUUCAAGGUAUUACACGUCAUGGAAUUCACAAGUGCUCGUAAACGAAUGUCGGUAAUAGUCAGGACGCCAGAAGGCAAAAUCAUGAUAUUUUGUAAAGGAGCCGAUAAUAUUCUUUUGGCUCGACUCCAUGAAAGCCAGCAUGACCAGCAGAGAGACACCUUUGUGCAUCUAAGUGAAUUUGCAAACGAAGGUUUACGAACACUGGUGAUUGCUCACCGAGAAAUGCCACUUUCGGAAUACGAAGCUUGGUCCAAAUCAUAUGCCGAAGCUUCAUCAGCUCUCGUGAAUCGAGCUGAAGCAUUAGAGCAGGUCGCCGAUAUAGCUGAACGAGAUUUCCAUCUACUUGGUGCCACCGCGAUUGAAGAUCGAUUACAAGACGGUGUACCCGAGGCUAUUGAAUUACUCCGUGGAGCCGGUAUCAAAGUAUGGGUCUUGACUGGUGACAAGAUGGAAACUGCUAUAAACAUUGCCUUUGCGUCAAAUCUCUUCACUCGAGACCAAACUUUAGCCGUUAUAAGAGCAUCCGCGAAUGCAAACGAUGCCGGUAUCCAAGUCGCAGAAGCUUUGAAUUUGUCCCUACAGAAGGACAAUAUUGGGCUUGUCGUUGAAGGAGACGCAUUACGGGACGUAUUGGCUGUGAAAGAGUUCCGAGCUCAAUUUUUGGAAUUGGGAGUACGAUGCACUUCUGUAGUAUGCUGUCGUGCAUCUCCGAAGCAAAAGGCUCAAGUUGUUAGACUUGUCAAAUUGGGAUUGGCUGCUAUUUGUUUAGCUGUUGGUGAUGGUGCUAAUGACGUGUCUAUGAUUCAAGAAGCAGAUGUGGGCGUUGGUAUCGCUGGUCAAGAAGGUCUACAAGCUGCCAUGUCGUCUGAUUAUGUCAUCGGUCAGUUUCGAUUCUUGACCAAGUUACUUCUUGUUCAUGGACAUUGGAGUUAUUAUAGAACUUCGGAAACCAUCCUCAAUUUCUUCUACAAGAACUUCACUUGGACGUUCACCUUAUUCUGGUUUCAGAUUUAUUGCGGUUUCUCAAGUACGAUUUUAUACGACUUCACCUUCAUCAUGCUGUACAAUCUCGUCUUCACUUCAUUGCCACCACUUGUUAUGGGUAUUUUUGACCAAGACUGUCCACCGGAAUAUCUGAUGACUUCUCCACAAUUGUACUACCAAGGCCUAUUCAUGUCUCUGUAUACGAUACGGAGAUUCGUAUUGUUUACGGUGGAAGGAAUAUGGCAUUCGAUAGUGUGCUUCUUUACCGCCCAGCUCUUGUUCUCGACCGCAUUUGUUGACCAUCGUGGACACGACGAAGAUCUGGCAAUAUUGGGAACAGCAGUAGCUUCGUAUGCUAUUGUGGUGGUCAACAUCUACAUUCUUAUGAAUGUUAAACACUGGACGCUCAUCACUGUCGUUGUAUUGUUUCUAUCGAUGCUUUCAUUUUUCCUGUGGACGGCCAUCUAUUCCCAGUUUAUAAGUGCAUCGAUAUAUCGGGUUGACAAGGUGCUCUUCUAUGAAGUGCAAUUCUGGAUAUCGUUGCUAUGUGCAGUGGUCGCUUGUCUACUACCGAGCAUGAUCAUACGGUAUCUCUAUACCCAAGUUUAUCCAUCAGACGUUGACAUUGUCAGAGAACUGGCCAAGACUGGAAAUAAUCUGGAGGCUCGAUUCGCUGAUGAAGAGGCCGAAUCUCCCAACACAUCAGUGGUACAGUCUACUAUUGCGAUGGUUCCAUCGGAUGCAAAAGCUAGUACCCUGGUAUCUGAAUCACCCGUCGUGUCAACAAGACCACCACUUCCACCGGCUAUAUCCACAAGCCCUGCACGAAAGGCAAGUGUCCCAGCAGCGGGAUCGUAUGCCACCUUAUCACCACCAAGAAUUACUGGUCAUUCUCCAACAUCUCCAUCCUAUCAUACACUCAACCGAGCCAAAUCACCAUCAACACAAAUCUCACCUAGCUUCAAGUCUCCCGAAGAAGUCGACGCCGCCAUGCGAAAGACUCUACGAAGACGAAUGGAUCCAGGAACGAGGCUUGGGUCCGCCACUAGCCAGAGCGUGCACUUGUCGAUUGUUAAUGUGCUUAAUGGAGUUUCAACACCGGAAGGUCCAACCCCACGUGCGAGCACGGCGUCCAGAGCAUACACACAACAACAACAACAAGAGGCAGCUUCAGCUUCAAAUAUAACAGAUACAGCAGGAACAAUACCAGAAGCACCAUCACCAACAUCACAAAUUCAGCUCGGAGGUGAAGGAUCACGGGAUAUGAUGAUGCCUAACAGAUCGUUAUGA